AUGUCGUCGAAGUCGCUGUUCUGGACGAUCACCGGUAUCGCCGCCGCCGCCGCCGUGGGCUAUGCCGUCUACUUUGACUACAGAAGAAGACACGACGUCAAUUUCCGCCGCCAGUUGAAGAAGCGGGCCGUCGACCAGGAGAAGCAGGCGCUGAAGUUGGCCCAUGAGCUGAAACAGCUCAAAUUGGAGCUGGUGAAGCAGGCGCUUUUGGACGACUUGGCCGCCAACCCCAUCCCCACCGACUUGUCGGAGAAGGAGCUGUUCUUCAUGCAACAGGUGGCGCUUGGUGAGCAGUUGGCGACGAAGCCUCAACUCAAGAUCGACGCCGCCAUCUGCUUCUACAAGGCGUUGGCGGUGUACCCCAACCCCACCGACAUCCUUGGCAUCUACCAAAGAUCGGUGCCCCAGGACGUCUACGAGGUCGUCGUGAUGAUGAUCGCCGCCCACCCGCCGGCGGCGAUCAACAACAUCUUGGGCGAGCAGGCGACCGUCGUCGAGGUCGACGCCGCCGAAACCCUCGACUAA